AUGGGGACAGUGCCAGGGACAGUGCCAGGCCCCGCUGACCCCCCCCUCUCCCGGCAGACCUACGGCAGUGGGAUGCGCCCCCCCCCCAGCUCACUGGCUGGUCCUGGCAUGCCUGCCAUGAACAUGGGUCCCGGUGGCCGCGGGCCCUGGCCCAACCCCAACGCCAACUCUAUCGCCUACUCCUCCUCAUCCCCUGGGAACUACGUGGGCCCCCCCGGGGGCGGUGGCCCCCCCGGUACCCCCAUCCUGCCCAGCCCCGGAGACUCCACCAACUCCAGUGAGAACAUGUACACCAUGAUGAACCCCAUCGGACCCGCGGGCAACCGGCCGAACUUCCCGAUGGGGCCCGGCCCCGAGGGGCCCAUGGGCGGGAUGAGCGCGAUGGAGCCGCAUCACAUGAACGGAUCCCUAGGCUCCGGGGACAUGGAUGGGCUGCCAAAGAGCUCCCCCAGUAACCUGGGGGCCCUGAGCAACCCCCCCGGGACCCCUCGGGACGACGCCGAGCUGAGCAGCAAUUUCCUAAAUCCCUUCCAAAGCGACAGCUACUCGCCCAGCAUGACAAUGAGCGUGUGAGCCCCCGCGCCGAGCCCGCCGACAGCCAGACCGCCCUCACCCAUCACCGAAAAAAAAACCCCACAAAAAAACCCAAAACAAAACAAAA